AUGCUUUACCUCCAAGGAACUUUCUUGCAACUUCUAGCUCUUAUUUCAUGCCUCUCUUUCUCCCGAGCAAGGCUUCUGCCAACAAGCAAAGAUUUACGCGACAAAUACGACUUCAUUGUGGUCGGAGGCGGGACUGGCGGAAAUGUCGUCGCUAACCGACUCUCAGAAGACCCAAGUGUCUCGGUCUUAGUUAUCGAAGCAGGCGGAUCGAACGAUGUCCUCGAAUCGCAGGUACCAUUUCUGUGGACGAGGUUGAUUGGCUCCACGCAUGAUUGGAAUUACACUUCCGCACCCCAGACCACCCUGGGUGGCAGGAGCAUAUCGCUUCCAAGAGGUCGUAUCCUCGGCGGGUCCUCAUCAAUCAACGGCAUGCUCUACUCUCGAGGAACAUCUGACGACUACGACAGUAUAGCUGAAUUAGUAGGCGAUCCGCUUUGGUCUUGGGAUCGUCUUCAACCAUAUAUCAAAAAGAACGAGCUGUGGUCCCCUCCUUCAAGCAACCGGCCUACGGAGGGCGAGUUUGAUCCUUCGGUACACGGGCGCCAUGGCCUAGUAGCAAUUUCACUCCCAAGUAUUCUUCAGCCUAUCGACGACAGGGUUCUUCAAACAACAAGAGAGAACAGCGAAUUUCCUUUCAAUUUAGAUGUCAAUUCGGGUCACCACUUGGGCAUUGGUUGGCUGCAAUCCACAGUCACGUCUGCUGGCAAACGAGCUAGCUCUGCUACUUCGUACCUUAGUCCCGGUGUCAUCAACAGAUCAAACCUCGAUGUAUUGCUCGACGCCCAAGUUACGCGUCUACUGGUGUCCAAUGCCACCGAUGACAUCACAUUUAAUACCGUUGAAUUUGUCGCUGGUACAGGCUUUCCCCAGUCCGUCAAGGCCACUCGAGAAAUCGUUCUUUCCGCUGGCUCGAUCGGUACUCCAAAUAUUCUUCUUCACUCUGGCAUCGGUGAUCCUACUUACCUCGCUCGCGUCGGGAUCAAAUCCACCCAUAACCUUCCGUCCGUGGGACAGAACUUGACUGACCAUAUCAUUGCGGUGUUGCCAUGGUUUGCCAAUUCUACGGAAACAUUCGAGACGGUAGGGCGUAAUACGUCGCUUCAGGCGAUACUUCUCGAGCAAUGGAAGGCGAAUGGUACAGGGUUAUUCUCGGGUAGCGGAAUCGAUCAUUUGGGCUACGUGCGACUCGCGGACAACGCAAGUAUCUUCAACAGCGUCCCCGACCCUGCAGGGUCUAACACCGGACACAUAGAAAUAACCAUCACAAAUGGCAAUAUCUUUGCAGAACCCACGCCUGAUAACUUAAUUCUCUCUGAAGUCAUGGUUACCAAGACUUUGGCUCGCGGCUCUGUCACCCUGAAUUCUUCAAACCCCCUCGAUGAUCCAAUUAUUGACCCGUCGUAUUUGGCACACGAGUUCGAUCGCUUCGCCCUACGUGAAGCUGUACGGUCCGGUCAACGAUUCAUAGCUUCACCGGCUUGGGAAGGAUAUGUCCUCGAUCGAGUUGGGGACUUUGCUAUGAUAGAUAUCCAGGAUGACGACCAGCUGGAUGAAUACCUCCGCAAAACCGGUAGCCCUGGCCUACAUUUCGUUGGGACUGCAUCUAUGUCGCCGAAGGGUGCCACUUGGGGUGUCACGGAUCCCGACUUGAAGGUCAAAGGGUUGAGGGGGUUGCGUGUCGUCGAUGCAUCCGUUAUUCCGUUGAUCCCCGCGGCGCACACCCAAGUGCCAGUUUACAUAUUUGCUGAACGCGCGGCGGCUUUUAUCAAGGAGGACUGGAAGCUUGUAUAA